AUGAGCUGGAAUCCUUGGAGGAGAAAAUAUGGUAAUUGAAGGAAGAAUGAGGUGAGACUGAAAGGAGCAACGAAGAUGAAGGCAAAAGUGGGAGUAGCAAGGAGGUCCAGAAAGAAAACAGCUUGCUUGAGGGAGAUCUGCUGCAUUUGGAAGGAUUGAUCCAGGUUACGGACAGAGCAGGCAAAAUGGGAAGGAGCAUAA